ACGUCACCUAUAUGAAACCCCCACUUAACCAUCCAAAUCAGAAGCAAACAGACUGCGAUCUGCUAAGCACUAAAGCUAAAUUCGAAAAUGGCUUCAUCGCUAGCUCUCAGAAGAGCCACCGCCUCGGCUCUCUUCAACAGGCUCGUCAACCCUCUCCGCCCUGUUUCGGUCGCUCGCUCCUUCAGCACCAACGCUCAGAUCGCCAAACACGACGGCGAUGACAGAAGCGUCGAUGUCGAACGCCGCCCCGGAAGAUCCAUCUUUCCAGGUAAUGUGCUGGAUCCAUUCUCUCCAACUCGGAGCUUGAGCCAGUUGCUGAACCUAAUGGACCAAUUCAUGGAAAAUCCUUUCCUGGCAGCUUCACAAGGAAUUGGAGCUGGAACGAGGAGAGGAUGGGACGUGAAGGAAGACGACAAGGCGCUGUAUCUGAGAAUGGACAUGCCAGGUCUGGACAAGGAAGACGUGAAGAUUUCAGUGGAAUACAACACACUGAUCAUCAAAGGAGAAGGAAAGAAGGAAUCAGAAGAUGAGGAGGUCGUGCAGAGGUACUCAAGCCGGCUUGACCUCCCUCCGAAUCUCCACAACAUUGAUGAGAUCAAGGCUGAGAUGAAGAACGGUGUCUUGAAGAUUGUUGUUCCCAAAGUCAAGGAAGAAGAGAGGGAGGACGUGAGGCAGGUUAAGAUCGAUUAAGGAGCGUCCACAUAUGCUACUCUGCAAAAACUACUCUCUGUGUUCUAUAGUGCUGGUGAGAGUGUUAUAUUUAGCUUACUUUUGUGUUUUUAGGUUGUAAUCGAAUCAGAAUCGAUGAAUAAAAUGGAAUUCUGAAUGAGAGAGACAGAGUGAGUGUUAAUUCCAAGUUCAUCUACAAUUUGUUUCAUUUUAACUAAUGAAAAUUUUAAAAGAAUGCAGCCUAUGCAAUUCUAAUUAUGUUA